UUGGUGACAAUCAAAUAUAGGUGUAUCUCCAAGAAGACACUCAUUGCAGUCGGAGCUUCUGAGUCCCACAGAAAGGAAACCAUGGCUCUGAAUUACAGUCUGCUCCUUCUUCUCCUCGUGCUCCCUGGAGCUCUGCCUUUCAUUAUAAUUCCCUCGCAAGGCUCCAUGACCCAUGCUGACAUCACGAGGACGGCCAUCGUGCGCCAGCUCACCCAGGUGUGCAGGAGCAGGUCUUCGGCGGACGGGGCGGCCCUCGCGUUGCAGGACGAGGGAAUGUCUGCAGCAAGGCUGCUGACAACAUGCUUCCAACUGGACUCUCUUCCCAAAUUUGUUGAAGCUUUUGAAGUCAUAAAGGACAGUAAUGUCCGUGUGGACAUCCGGCACGUCUUUGACGAAGAGUACCACUUUGACUCCGAGACCUUCGAAGAUGGACGGAGCCUCAUUAGCUCAGGCCUGUCCUUCAUCAAAGGCAGCAUCCAGCAGGGCAACUUCCGAGAAGCCAGGGAGAGACUGGGGCAGAUCUGCCAUACCCUGCAGGAUUUCUACAGUCACAGCAACUGGGUCGAGUUGGGAAACACACUUCCCAACAGCAACCUGCUCAAGUCGGGUGUCUCCAUCGGCAAUAUUGCAGAUGUUAACACACCAACUUGCACAGACUGCAUAGACAACAACUGUGAAAACAACAUCCUCCCAGAAGUUAUUCAGCAACAGAAGUUAACCUCAGGAUACUUCAGCUUAACAUCGUCCCACAAACCAGACGGAAAGUGCAGUCAUGGUGGAAUCAUUGACCUCACGAGUCACCAGAGUCCCGUGGGAGGGAUCAACAAGGACAAGACGAGCGCCAGCCACGGACACCUGCACAGCACUGCGGCCGAAGUGGCCACCAAUGCCACCGUGCAGCUACUGGAGGACAUCAGAGUCUCUGUAGGAGAUAGCAGCUUCCUACGGCUCAUGGGAAUCACUCGCUCCUCGGUGCUCUGCUUCGUCAUCGACACCACGGGUGGUAUGUCUGAUGUCAUCAAGGAGGCCAAGAGGGUGGCGAGCUCCAUCAUCGACAGCACGCAGGGCACAGCAAAUGAACCUUCAGACUACAUCUUGGUCGCCUUCAACAGCAGCAAUGUCGGACCCUUGUCACACACUACCGAUUCAGGGAAAUUCCAGCAGUGGAUGUCGUCACUCACCGCCGGAGCAAAUGGGGCGCAAACAGUGUUGAGUCUCUCGGCCACUGAGAUGGCCCUCAGAGCAGUGCCAGCCUCCUCCUACAUCUUUGUCUUCGCUGAUGCUCCAGCAAAGGAUUCGUACUUGAUGAGCACGGUCACUGCGCUUAUCGAGAGUACACGCUCUGUGGUGAACUUCAUGCUGACAAAUCCCAUUGUCUCCCGACGGCGCCGAAGUUAUGGUGCGGAGUACGUCAGCCGGGUGUCAAACCCUGCAAACCAGCUGUACCAGGAGCUGGCCCAGGCCUCGGGGGGGCUGGCUAUAGAGGUCGCCGCAGCCUCCCUCCCCCAGGCCACCAACGUCAUUGUGGACUCCACCACCUCCGCACUGGCGACACUGUUGCAGGCAACGAGGAACCCAGGGAAAGCAGAUGAUUUCUCUUUCGUGGUGGACACAUCUGUCCAGAACAUGAUUAUGUACAUCACAGGCAGCUCCCUCAGCUUCACUCUGCAGAACCCGUCCGGAGUAUCCCAGAGCAGUGGGGUGACGAAUGGACCCCUGGGAACCAUACAGGCCGUGGGGAACCUGUACAGAGUCCAGCUGAACCAGCAGGUGGGACCGUGGAGAGUGAGCAUCAGUUCCAACCAGCCGUACUCUCUCAAAGUGACAGGUCAGAGCUCAAUCAAUUUCCGCUUUGACUUUGUGAAGACCUUCUCAGAACCAGUCUCAGGGUACAUAGUCACAAAGAGUCGCCCCAACACCGGGGGGAACGCCACGUUGCUUUUAACAGUUAUCAGCAGCUCCACUGUUAACGUCACCGAGGUGUCCCUGGUGGAGGUGUUGGGGUCAGGGAAGGUCAACGGCACCAUCAAGUCACUGGGACAAGGGGACUACCUGGUGUCUGUGGACAAAGUCCCAGAUUUCCAGUUUGGCGUCCGGCUGGCAGGGCUAUUAGACAGCUCUACGCAGUCCUCCAACGCACUCUUCCAGAGGCAGUCCAAUACUCAGCCGAGAUCCUCCAACCUGACCGUCACGGCCCAGAACAACAGCAUUCUGCAACCUGGGAGUCAGGUGACUCUUCCCUUUACCGUGAUGACUAACGGGACAGAGGGCACCUACACCAUCCUCAGCAGGGACGACCGGGGUUUUAUCACGUCUUACACCAGCAGCCUGAACCUGGUUAACGGGAGUGCUCAAGGCGUGGUCAAUCUCUCCGUCCCUGCUAACACACCGUUCUUCGGCAGCGACACCACCGUGAGCAUCGUGGCUGAGUCCCCCGGCACCAACGACACCAACUACGUUGUCCUGCGUCUCUCUGGUGCUGCCGAGGCGCCAAUUCUGACGCUGAGCCUGGGUCUCUGGGUCAGCCUGGUGGCCUCUCUUUGGCACCUUCUCCAGAGCUGAGCAGCAACAGUGUUACCACGAAGAACAACACUGUCUGGUAGUGUAAAUGGACCAGUUAUACCAACCACUCCAUCUACAUUCCCCCUCAUCUCCUUUGAGUUUUCAUAUUUUUGUCUGUUACAGGAUUUUAUUCUGAACCUGUCAGUUUUUUUGGAGUGAUUCAUUUUGAUUUAUUUGGGCUUUUAUGCACUUUGACAUAUCCUAUUCAGAAUAUCUCUGAAAUAUUUGGACUACUCACUGUUUGCUCAUAACCACUUGUAAGGGUGAAACGCGGUCUCUGUCUUCUUCACAAUGUUACUGAUGUAUUUCUAUAAAAGAUCUCUGCUAGGCCUGCAAGGAAGCCUUCAUCAUUUGUGCUCCAAUGAAUGAAUUCAGGGUGUCCCCCCCUUAGCCUUGCACCCAGUGCUUCCAGGAUAAGUUCCUCAUCACCAUGACUCAGGACAAGCAAUUAUUAAAAUUGGGUGGAUGGUUUUGAAUCAGUUAUUUGCAAUGUAUGUAUUCCUGGCACAGUGAGCAGUGCUGCCAGCUCACAGGGUCUCGGCCGUGAGAGAGGACAUGGGUUCAGUCCCUGCUCAGUCUGUGUGGAGUUUGCGUGCGUUUCCCCCACCGUCCAAAGACAUGCUGUUCCGGUGGACUGGUAUCUCUAGAAUCACCCAUAGGGUGUCAGUGACUGUUUCACUGGUAUGUAGGUGAGUAACUCAUUGUAACUAGAGUGCAG